CCCACAUAUUCCCGCCUCUUCAAUUCGUUCGUCUCGAUACCAACUCUUUCCUCUUCCUUCAUAAUCAUACCCAACAGUGUCGAAAGAGGACGUCUAGCCGCCACUGUCCAUCUAGGACGAAAGCAGACAGAGAGACUCAACCAUGUCUUACGACGAUCGCGAUCGUGAUGCCGAUCCCGCGAACGAUCGAGCCGUGGUUCAGCCAUACAUCCUCGGGCCACCCGUCUCGACGACGUCGAACGUCGCACCUACAACGACAACGACCUCGACCAUAAUACCCGUGUCAUCAACAUUGCCAAUGCAAGAAGAACCAGUGCCUGAGCAGACUGAAGAGGAAUUGCAAGACGUCGACCUCGGGUCGAAAAAGGAGGAUGCCGAUUUCGCUGACGAAUCCACUGUACGAGGUUCGGACAGCAACAAUGGCUCGUCUUCCCAGUCCACCAAGGUCAAGGACUUUGACUCUACCACCGUCAGUCGACAAGAGACGCCUCGAAGCAAGCCGCUCGAGUUGAACGAAAAGCAGACGGCUCGACCCGUCAGCGUCCGUCUACCGAGUGGUGAGCGGGACGGCGAUAAUGAGAAAAAGGCCGUUGAUGAUAAUGGCAACGUCGUCGAGCUCGACGGGGACAAGGUCUUCCUAGGGACCGAAGCUCUGACGGGGAAGGCGAUCAUCAAGGACAAGAUGGUCUUGUCCGGAGGACCUUAUACCGAACCUCGAUAUCACCAUUCUUUGCCCCUCCCGUUCAUGAAACCUAAACACCCGCCCCCUCCUCCGCCGGACUCCCUGGACGAUGCUAAACCCUUACCAGAUGCUAAGGCCAACAUCUUUUCCCUCAUCACCUUUUCCUGGAUCACCAAUAUCAUGGCCCUGGGAGCGUCUCGACAGUUGGCUCCGGAAGACUUGUACCGCUUACCACCCGAUAGGGAAGCCGAUGCCCUCUCGAGGAAACUCCAAGCCAACUUUCAGAAGCGGUGGAACGAUGCCGACGAGUACAAUAUCAAACUCGAGAAGGGCGAGAUCAAGCCUCCACUGAAGAAACGGAUCAAGUGGGCUUUCGGAAAGGGGGAGGAAAAGGGAAAGACGAGGGCGGAGAAGGAAGAGGAUUGGAAGAAUAGGACGGGGAAGCAGAAGCCUAACCUCGCUUGGGCUCUGACGGACGUGUUUGGGUGGUACUUCUGGUCGGCCGGAGCUAUCAAGGUUGUAGGUGACUUGUCGCAGGUCAUGACGUCCCUCUUGGUCAAGGCCAUCAUUCGAUUCUCUACCGAACACACCAACGCUCGGAGGGCUGGAACCGAUGCGCCCAGUGUCGGACGGGGCGUGGGAAUGUGUAUCGGGUUGUUCUGCCUGUUGAUGCUGGCGACCCUGUGUGUUAAUCACUUUUUUAUGAGGUCGGCUGGGACGGGUGUGUUGGCCAGGGCCGCGUUGAUUUCGGCUUUGUAUGAACGUGCGAUCAACCUGACCAACCGAUCUAGAAUUCAACAUCCCAACGGAAAGCUGGUCAACCAUAUCAGUACCGAUAUCUCGCGUAUCGACUUCGCCGCGGGAAUGUUCCACAUGGUCUGGACUGCACCGAUCCAAUUCGUCGUCGUCGUUAUCAUCUUGCUCGUUCAGAUCAAGGCGAGCGCGCUCGUCGGUAUCGCCUUCCUCCUCAUCUUGUCUCCCGGUCAGACCUCUAUCAUCAAGCACCUCUUUGUGAUCCGUCGAAAGGCCAUGGUCUGGACCGACAAACGAGCCAGGCUGUUGCAGGAGCUUUUGGCCGGGAUGAAGGUCGUCAAGCUCAUGGCGUGGGAGAAACCGUUCCUCAAGCGACUCGACGGGAUCAGGCAGAACGAGUUGAAGUAUAUCAGGAAGUUGAUGGUCACUAGGAGUGCGAACAUGGCCAUCGCCAUGAGUAUCCCCGUCAUCGCCGCCAUCUUAUCUUUCGUGACCUACGCAUCGACCGGAGGAGACCUUGACCCGGCCACGCUCUUUACCGUCUUGACGCUGUUCCAGCUGUUGCGACUGCCCUUGAUGAUUUACCCGAUGACCUUGAGCGCCAUCACCGAUGCAUACAACGCGUUGGGACGAUUAUCGAACGUUUUCAUGGCCGAGGUCUUUGCCGAGACCAGGAUUGUCGACGAGAACUCCGACUAUGCCGUCAAAAUCGAGUCUGCCACCUUCACGUGGGACUCUUCCGAAAAGCCCGUACCGGACGACCCCAAAGCGAAGAAGGGCGGAUUCGGAGGAGCAGGCAAGAACGGUCAAGCCGGAAAGCGCCAGCGAUUCGGUGACAGGGCCAAGAAGCCUUUCCGAUGGAUCAGGAACAGGAAGACUGGCAAAGUCGAGGUCGCACAAGAAAUGCACGCCGAGAUCGCGGCUGGAAAACCUGGUAUCGCAGAAGCCGCUGGCGGUGAGACGGCUGCACAGCCGGGUCUCAGUCCGGAUGCAGAAGCAGAGGCGGAUGGCGAAGUCGAAGCCGUCGAGCGGGUAUUCCAGCUCAAGGACGUCAAUCUCGAGAUUCCUAGGAAUUGCUUCAUCGCCGUUGUUGGAGAAAUUGGCUCAGGAAAAUCGUCGCUGUUGAGUGCGCUCUUUGGCGAAAUGAGGCGUACCGAGGGUAAAGUCAUGUUUGGAGGUAGCUCGGCUUCUUGCUCGCAAGUACCCUGGAUCUGCAACGCGACCGUCCGAGAGAACAUUCUGUUUGGAAGGCCUUUCGACGAGGAGCGAUACUGGGACGUCAUCCAUCAAGCUUGUCUGGAGACCGAUCUGGAUCUGCUGCCUAACGGUGAUGCCGAGACAAUCGGAGAAAAGGGUGUCAACCUCUCCGGAGGACAAAAGGCACGAGUCAACAUUGCACGUGCCAUCUACCACCAGGCCGACAUUACCGCGUUCGAUGAUCCGCUCGCUGCCGUCGACCCUGGUAUCGCUUCUCUACUUUUCGAAGCGAUUGCCAACAUGAGCGGAACCAGGAUUCUGGUUACCCAUGCUAUCCAUCUUGUGCCGGCUUGCGAUUACAUCAUUACCAUGCAUGACGGCGAGAUCGCGGAGCGGGGAACUUACGAGGAACUUAAGACUGCCAACGGCGCUUUCGCUCAGCUCAUGCGAGAAUUCGCCAAUGAUGAGAAGAAGGAAGUCACUGAAGAGGUCAAUGAGGAAAUCGAGCAGGAGGCUAUCGAGGAGGCUACUCCCGGCAGGGUAUCCUUGCCUCGUGAGAGGAUGACGGCGAGUCUCGGUAGCACGCUGAUGUCUACCGAGGUCGUUCACACCGGCAACAUGGGCUCCAAAACUUACGGAGGAUGGCUCAAGGCCGCCAAUGGUUGGGUGACGGUCCCGUUACUCCUGAUAGCGGUAACCAUCUCUCAGGCUCUGACGAUCAUCACCUCAUACUGGCUUGUAUACUGGCAAGAGGAUCAGUUCAACCGACCUUACUCUUUCUACGAAGGUCUCUACGUCCUUCUCGGUCUCGGCUCAGCCUUUUCGCUCUUCUUGAUGGGAGUCGUGCAGGCCUUGGCAGUCUUCCGAGCCAGUGUUGCCUUGCAUGACGGCAUGAUCACGCGGAUCAUGCACGCUCCUAGCUCGUGGUACGACACCACCCCUCUUGGACGAAUCUUGAACCGACUGACAAAGGAUAUCGACACCCUGGACAACACUCUUGGAGACGCCAUGCGAAUGGCAAUCACGACUGGAGCCAGCAUUAUCGGAGCGAUCGUCUUGAUCGCCAUCGUCGAACCUUACUUCUUGAUCGCCGUCUGUGGCAUCUUUACGAUCUACUUCCAGCUCGCCUGGUGGUAUCAGAAGAGUGCCCUCGCUUUCAAGCGUAUCGACGGUGUCUUGAGGAGUCCUCUAUAUGCGCACUUUUCGGAAUCCCUCGCGGGAGUCGCUGUCAUCAGGAGUUUCGACGCCUCGAAGCGAUUCAUCGAAGACAAUUGUCGUUAUAUGUCCAUCGAGAACCGAGCGUACUAUUUGACCGUCGUCAACCAGAGAUGGUUGGCGAUCAGGCUCGACUUUUUGGGCAGCACCUUGACGUUUAUCGUCGGAAUCAUCGUUGUCGUUGGGACGGACCGAAUCUCGCCAGCUCAAGGAGGAUUGAUCUUGUCCUACAUGAUCACUGUUCAACAAAACUUUUCCUGGUUGUGUCGACAGGUCGCCGAAGUCAUCAACGACAUGGCGUCCGCCGAGCGUGUCUUGGAGUACACCAACGACUUGGACCAAGAAGCCCCUCACGACAUCCCUGACGCCAAGCCUCCUGCUACCUGGCCGUCGGAGGGUAGGAUCACGUUUGACCAUGUUACUAUGGGCUACCGACCCGAGCUUCCCGCUGUACUCAAGGACCUGUCAAUGGACAUUGGCAACGCCGAAAAGAUUGCGGUCGUAGGAAGGACCGGAGCUGGAAAGUCCACGAUCAUGAGUACUUUGUAUAGACUGGUCGAGCUGCGUUCUGGAUCAAUCAAGAUCGAUGGUCUCGAUAUCUCGACAUUGGGUCUCUCCGACCUCAGAGGAGCGCUCUCGAUCAUCCCGCAAGAAGCUGUGCUCUUCAGUGGAACUAUCCGUUCCAACAUUGAUCCCUUUAGCGAAAAGACCGACGCCGAGCUCUGGGACGCUCUUCGACGAGCUCACUUGGUCGACUCUCAAACGAGCGAUCUGGCUAUCAGGAAGAGCAUGACCUUGGACGGCACCACCGGCACCGCGUCCCCGGAUUCGGCCCCGACGCCGGUCUCCCGUUUCACGUUGGAUACCCAGGUCGAUGAGGAUGGAAGCAACUUUUCGGCUGGGGAACGUAGUCUUGUCAGCUUGGCCCGUGCUCUGGUGCGGGAUGCCAAGAUCGUCGUGUUGGAUGAGGCCACUGCUGCUGUCGAUCUCGCCACCGACGCUAAGAUCCAGCAGACCAUCAGACAUGAGUUCAAAGACAAGACUUUGCUGUGCAUUGCUCACCGACUUCGAACGAUCCUCUAUUACGACCGAGUCCUCGUCAUGUCGGCCGGAGAGAUUGCCGAAUUCGAUACACCGGAGAACCUUUUCCUUCAGGGUGGAGCGUUCGCCGAGAUGUGUGAAAAGUCGAACAUCGACCUCAAUGAGAUUCGACAGGCCGCUUUGCUUCGGAAUUAGAGCAGGGACCGUGACCAGAUGGAUCCAUAAUAUGUAGCGAAAAGAAGGGAGAUAUCGAUAGAACUUUGUCUUGUAGGACGUUGUGGUAUAUCUAGUGGUGUGUGUAUGCUCCAAAAUGUAGCAUGUAAUUCAUGUAAUCGAAAUCCGCAUCGAGUCUGUGAACUUGUG